CAGCGCCACUGGGUGCAGGGAUAUCCCGAUGAAAGGGGAGACUGCUCGGGGUGAAGAAUUCAGAUGAGAGUUGACUACAGCGUCAUCCGUCAUGAGGUGAAACGGUUACUCGAAGACAAAAGACCCAGAUGUUGCUGCCAUGUGCCACACUCACACCCGAAGCAGACGAAACACUCUGAACGACCUCUUGUCAACUUUUUGCCCUGUGAUUGAGGAAACUUUCAGUGACACUCCUCCGCGACUCACAGAGCUCCUGCAUCGCCACAGUGUGUCCACCCAGACCCCGCCUUCCUCCAGCAGCACCCUCCUCAUCCUCUCAAAGGACUGGCUGUACUGUCAGUAAGGUUCAUUCACAAAUGUCUACCUCACGAUUAAAAGGCCCCUCUCCAACACUGCGACCCUGAACAGGAUACAAAAUGACCUCGAGCAUUGACCGGGAUGACGGCAGUAUCUUUGAUGGGUUAAUGGAAGAAGAUGAAAAGGACAAAGCAAAACGUGUGUCCCGCAACAAGUCCGAGAAGAAACGCAGAGACCAGUUCAAUGUACUCAUCAAGGAGCUGGGCACCAUGUUGCCGGGCAACACCCGCAAGAUGGACAAGUCCACUAUUUUGCAGAAGAGCAUCGACUUUCUGCACAAACACAAAGAAAUCGCUGCUCAGUCAGAGUCAACUGAGAUCAGACAAGACUGGAAGCCUCCUUUUCUUAGUAAUGAAGAGUUCACUCAGCUGAUGUUGGAGGCAUUAGAUGGAUUUUUCCUUGCAAUUAUGACCGAUGGGAAUAUAAUCUAUGUCUCUGAGAGUGUGACGUCUCUACUAGAGCACUUACCUUCUGAUCUUGUGGAUCAGAACCUGUUGAACUUCCUGCCCGCGGGGGAGCAUUCAGAUGUGUACAAGGCUCUGUCCUCUCAUAUCAUGGAAGGAGAGACACUGACGCCUGAAUAUCUGAAAACAAAAGAUCAGCUAGAGUUCUGUUGCCACAUGCUCCGAGGGACGAUCGACCCCAAAGAGCCCCCUGUGUAUGAAUAUGUCAAGUUCAUUGGAAACUUCAAGUCCCUGAAUAAUGUGCCUAACUGUACCCGGAACGGUUUUGAAGGAGUGAUCCAGCGAUCACUUCACUCUGCCUUUGAAGACAGAGUGUGUCUCAUAGCAACUGUGAGGCUUGCCAAACCACAGUUUAUCAAGGAGAUGUGCACUGUAGAAGAACCUAAUGAGGAAUUCACCUCCAGACAUAGUUUAGAGUGGAAGUUUCUCUUCUUGGACCACAGAGCUCCACCCAUUAUAGGUUACCUCCCGUUUGAGGUCCUGGGUACAUCAGGAUAUGACUACUACCAUGUAGAUGACCUGGAGACUCUGGCCAAGUGCCACGAACACUUAAUGCAAUAUGGCAAAGGAAAGUCCUGCUACUACAGAUUCCUCACCAAAGGCCAGCAGUGGAUUUGGCUUCAGACCCAUUACUACAUCACCUACCACCAGUGGAACUCCAGACCAGAGUUUAUUGUCUGCACACACACUGUUGUAAGUUAUGCUGAAGUAAGAGCAGAACAGCGCAGAGAGCUUGGAAUUGAAGAAUCACAACCUGAGAUCACAGCAGACAAGCAGUCCCAGGAUUCAGGCUCCGAGUCCCAGCUGAACACAUCCAGCCUGAAGGAGGCUCUAGAGCGCUUCAACCACAGCCGGACACCCUCGGCCUCGUCUCGCAGCUCGCGCAAAUCCUCGCACACCGCUGUGUCCGACCCAACCUCAUCACAGAUGAAGCUUCAGGGUGACAGGAGCACACCGGGCCGCCAGUCUGUCUCUGCUGUGGAGAUGACAUCACAGCGAAGAUCAUCCAUCAGCAGUCAGCAAUCGAUGAGCUCCCAAAAUACAGGACAGAACAUGGCACCGUCCAUGGUUUCACAACCGCAGCAGCAGCAACCACCACAACAACCACAACAACAACAACAACAACAACAACAACAACAGCAACAGCAGCAGCAACAACAGCAACAGCAACAGCAACAGCAACAACAACAACAGCAGCAACAGCCUCAACAGCAGGUUCAGACAAGCGGCCAAUCAAUGGUGCAGUUCUGCAACCAGCUAGAAGCCAUGCAAAACCUGAAAGAGCAGCUGGAGCAGAGGACCAGGGUGAUUGAGGCUAACAUUCAGCGGCAGCAGGAUGAGCUCCGUCAGAUCCAGGAGGAGCUGCAGAGAGUGCAGGGACAGAGCCUGCAGAUGUUCUUACAGAAAGGAGCUGGAGGACUAAAUCUCAGCUCUGUUCAGAUGGCCCAAGGGAAUGCUGUGCAGCAGGGGGGAACACUCAGCAUGCAGGGCCAGGUGGUGUCUGCUGGGCCUCUACAGAACAACAUACAGCAACAACAUGCUGUCCAGCCCCAGUCCCAGCAACAAACACUCCUCCGGGAACAGAGCACAGCACUCUCACAGCCUCAGCGGUCGUCUCUCACUCUGCAGCCUCAACAAAAUCCACUGCCUGCAUCUCUCUACAACACAAUGAUGAUCCCCCAGCAAAGCUCUACAAACGUGGUCCAGAUUGCCACUACCCUGGCUCAGAAUACUGGAGCCAACUCUCCUGCUGUGGCUACAUUUGCACAGGACCGUGCAGCUCAGAUUAGGUUUCCUGCAGGUCCUCAGCUGCUCACCAAGCUCGUAACAGGACAGAUGGCAUGUGGGGCAGUCAUGGUCCCCACAACCAUGUUUAUGGGCCAAGUGGUGACGGCCUUUGCUCCUCAGCAGGGCCAGACCCAAACCAUCAGCAUUUCCCAGCAGCCACCGCAGCAACAGCAGCAGCAGGAGCAGCAGCAGGUACAGCAGCAGUCACAGGUCACGGCCAUGCAGCCAGGGCAGGCUCCACUGGCCCAGCAGCAAACACAGUUCCUACAGGCUCCUCGACUUCUUCAUGGAAACCAGUCCACCCAGUUGAUCCUGCAGGCAGCGUUCCCUCUGCAGCAGCAGGGUACCUUCACUGCCACAACCCAACAGCAGCAGCAACAGCAGUUACAACAACAACAACAUCAACAACAACAACAACAGCAGCAGCAGAAGCAGUUACAACAUCAACAACAGCAGAAGCAAUUACAACAACAUCAACAACAGCAGAAGCAGUUACAACAACAGCAGCAGCAGAAGCAGUUACAACAACAACAACAGCAGCAACAGCAGUUACAACAUCAACACCAACAACAGCCGCAGAAGCAGUUACAACAGCAGAAACAGCAACUGGCCCCUCACAGGGCGGAUAGUUUGUCUGACCGCUCUGCUACGCAGCCAUAGCAGCUGGCUAUAGCCAAUCAGAAGCGGACUGAGCCAGACCCAGGCAUGGGUGUAUUGGUGACGGGGGUCUAAAGAGGAGUUCUGCUGAAAAUGCUGCACUGAGGCCAUGCCUCAGAGGCUGAGAGGUGAUUGGAUGGGCAGGCUGUGGCUUCCCUCCCCUCACUAGAAUCUUUUGCUGUUUGCACUUAACUCCUGAGCACGGAGUGCUGCAGAGAACAGAGGACCGGGCCCGCUGUGGCUCUGGCAGUAGGCUUUGGCUCAGGGUCAAGCCUUUUCUCCAAGAAAACAGGGAGCCACAAUCCCUGUAAUGAACUCCCACCCUCACCCCUCCCCUGGCCCUUUCCCUGAGUGUGUGUGUGUGUGUGCGCGUGUGUGUGUUUGUGCGCAUGCGUGAGUGUGUGUGUGCGCUCUAGUCACCCUCGCAGGAUUAUUUUAUGCAGAGCUCUCCGGUUAAUGCAGCGAAGCUUCCAUCAAGCUUCAAGGACGUCCUGCAGAACAGCCAGAGGCUUGUUUGUUUUGGAUGUUUUCUCCUAUUCUUGUUUUUCAUGUAAAAAUAAUUAUGGGUCAGAAAAUAUUUUUAAGAAUGUGGUGUAGAUUGAACUUUUACUGUACAGAACAUGUGUAAUAUAUAAUGUAAAUACAAUGAAAAAGAAAGAACUAAUAUUUUAUAUGAUGCAUGAAAUGAAAUGCGUAGUCUGUUAUUUGCAGCUUUGAAUAUGCUUUUUUUCUAGUACUCUAAGAAAAAAAGAUCUUAAAGUGCUCAGUGGCUGAUAUUUUCACAGACUUCCUUUCUCCUAUGGGAUGUGUUUGUGUGUCUGCAUAGCAGACAGUGCCGCUUGCUGUGUCACAGUUUGUUUAAUCCUUGACCCACAUUUUCACAGAAUUUCCUAAAAUUGUCAAAAUGAUAGAGAAAUGUUUUGAAGUAUUUUUAAGAUGUGUUGAAAUCCACACACUAAAGACUAAGCUUAACUUUAGUCAAACAUUGUGAAUGAAGACUACCAAGGUUAAGCUAAAUGUAUGCAACAAUAAGAUUUGCCAACAUAAUCCUUCAUAUUCCUAUUUGUUCAUUUAUAGCACUUCUGCUGAGAUCCUUCUGUUUCGGAGCCAUCCAUAAAUACCUGUAUGGUACCUUUAUUCAGUCUACAAAUAUUUAUGUCCUCUUAUUAAAAUAUAUUGAAAAAUGUACAGUCUUUCCUGAUAAGCUGUGGCUAAUAUCCUCGGACUAAUCUUGAGUGGAAUGAUUUGUGUUAGCAUCGGGCCUAAUCAAAUGAUUUCCUUGUCAGCAGUGUCAUCAUCCAUCCG